GUGGACAGGCCGGCACGGCAUUAGGAGCCGACGGAAGUGGCCUGAAGUCAGCAGAUAUGGAUAAUUCGGCUAAGGAGCGGGAGGCUUUGGCCUUGGUGGCCGAGGCCGAGAAGAAGGUCCGCUCGGCCCGCUCCUUCAUGGCCUCCCUGUUCGGGGGGUCUUCUAGAUUGGAAGAUGCGUGUGAAAUGUAUGCCAGGGCUGCUAAUAUGUUUAAGAUGGCCAAGAACUGGAGUGCUGCAGGCAAUGCCUUCUGUGAGGCUGCUAAACUCCACCUUUACUUGCAGAGUAAACAUGAUGCAGCUACAAACUUUGUGGAUGCAGGAAAUGCUUUUAAGAAAGCUGAUCCCCAAGAGGCCAUCAAUUGUUUAAACAGAGCGAUAGAGAUUUACACAGAUAUGGGUCGGUUUACGAUUGCAGCGAAGCAUCACAUAUCGAUAGCAGAGAUUUACGAGAGUGAGUUGGUGGACAUUGAGAAAGCAAUUGCGCAUUAUGAACAGGCGGCUGAUUACUACAAAGGGGAAGAAUCCAACAGUUCUGCGAAUAAGUGCUUGCUGAAAGUCGCUACGUAUGCUGCACAGCUUGAACAGUAUCCCAAAGCUGUAGAGAUUUAUGAACAGGUAGGCACUACAGCCAUGGAUAGCCCGCUCCUGAAGUACAGCGCUAAAGAAUACUUCUUCAAAGCUGCCCUCUGCCAUUUCUGUGUUGACAUGUUAAACGCUAAGUUGGCCAUUACGAAAUAUGAGGAAAUGUUCCCAGCCUUUUCAGAUUCCCGGGAGUGCAAACUGGUCAAGAAACUUCUGGAUGCCUUUGAAGAGCAGAAUGUUGAUGGAUACACUGAUGCAGUGAAGGAGUAUGACUCCAUCUCACGGUUGGACCAAUGGUUGACUACAAUGCUGCUCCGCAUCAAGAAGACCAUCCAAGGGGAAGAGAGCGACUUGCGUUAAGGAGCAACUGUUUAUAUAUUAAAGAAAAAUAUAUCUCAAUAGUCAAAACCCAACAAGUGAUGGGGGUGGCGGGGGGGGGGGGGAAGGAGAGGUGGAGAAAAAUGGCUUUUGAUAAAAAGUAUGCUGCAAAUCAGAAAAGCAAAGGAACAUUCCGGAAAUUGGAAGUGUUUGAACAAUUUUUUUGCAUUUAUUUAGGGAGAAAAUAGUCGUGCUUACAGAUUGGGUUGGCAUGAGCACUCUUUUUAAACCAAUCUGUUGUAAACCAGAGAUUUUGCCUCUCUACCCUUCCCCCACCCAACCCCACACACUUUAUUUCCUUCUGAAUCCUUCUCGCAGAACUGCCGUGUAUAAAUGCAAUUUGCCAUUUAACUUCAUGGCAUUAACUUGAUGUGUAAUAAAACUUGUAGCUAUUUAAGGUAACCCAAGCUAUGACAUGAACGUAGAGCAAGGACGCCUCAUGAUUGCCUGAUUCACUCUGCACAGUUUUAUCAGCCUGCAUUUUGCGAGUUAAUUAGCUGAUCACUGUCCUGUGGUCCCCCUUUCUUAAUGAGUGCUGACAGAGCACAGGAUCAGCCUUCCUUGUGAUGCAUGCUGCAGUCAAAUAGCCAGUUGCCAUUUGCUAUCUAGGACUUGCAUGCAUUCCUGCUAGGAUUGGUUAGCCCAGAAUGUAAGCUCAUAGUUUUGGCAGGCAGGGAUUUUGGCACAUGGCAGGGAAAUGUACCAGCAAUAAAUUAAAUUAUUUUAUAGUUUUAACCCGAAUUUUCUGGAAUGCUACUCAGUGCGCACUGUUGAAUAUUUUUCCGGUAUUUAAUUGCUUUUUGGGUGCAUUUUAGGGCAGCACUUGUCGCAGGCCAGUGUAGACAUUGCAUCGCGUUACUUGGAGCUUGAGGUCUAAACAGACCAGCUCUCAGGGAAAUGUAGACUAACUGUGCACAGGAAAUCUGGUGGGGUGAAGCUUGAUGUCUUACAUGGGAAGUGUGCGCGUGUGUGUGUGUUCAAUGUUAAGCUAGUUGCAACCAUUGUAUAAAUGCACUAUCAUAUAAUUUUUAAAUCUGAAUAAAUGAAGUUACACCCAA